CUAGCAUAUUGCAUUGUCUUGGUUUCAUUUAUGUGACAGGUUUGCCUUCAGCUAAAACUCCGGGGUGAGGGAGAGGCUGUUUAUUUACAUAGGUUUGUACAGCCGUCUGUGUAUGGAUGUGACUGUUGUGUUCUAACUGCUAACCCAUUUAUAGUGCAACAAGCAGUCACUGGCAUGGAGUUAGGACAUAGUUGGUAUGUACCUGGUGUCAUGGAGAUACCUACUGGAGGAUUGAGACUUGGUGAUUACUACUUGGAUUGGUGAACCGGUGUCAGGAAAAGCAGCAGAGAUGGGUAUCCAGGGAUGUUGUACACACCACGAGGGUGGUGUUUACCAUUGUAGUUGAGAUAACCUUGCACUUGUGUCUCAGCAGUAUUUCUGUGAGGACGGGGGCGCUGCAUGCUGUGAUGUACUGACGGCGAAAGUCAAAUGGCGAUAUUUCGAUGCAGAUGGCGCGCGUUUAUCCGAAGCAAUACGGUACAGGCUGUGGCACUUAGGCUCAUUCCCCGCCGCCUGAUUAGCGUAGGUUCCGCUCCAAGGAAGUUCUGCUCGCGAAAACAGCGACCCUGCUGUGCAAUCGCCGUUUCCUGCGCGCUCUUCCCUCGCCGCAGCUCGCCUAUAUCGACUUUAUCGAUCCUGCCGCGUAGGGCAAAGGUCACUCGAAAAAAUCGAAAAGAACGAACGAUUUUGUGUCCCGCGCCGUGGCCAACGGGAGGAAGCGAGCCUUGGAGACUAUGGCCGCCAACCGCCCUCGUGCGUUGUUGAUCACUUUUGAGUUAGGGGUAAGGGUAGAAAGCAGCAACCUCUCUCUCUCUCCCACCCCACCACCGCUCCCCACCUGUUUUCUUCCUUGCCACCCACCCACCUAUACCGCCAUCUCUCUCUCUGCUCAUUUUCCGGCACACCGGCAGACGGCCAUGAGACGGUGCAUCAAGCGGUGGUCGUCCAGUCGUGCACUGCUUGGACACGCACAGGGGGACGGUAGUAGUGCAGCGUGCACGCCAGCGGCCGACUCGCCCAGCCCGUUGACACACGCGCGCGCGUGCGUGCGUGCACGCAUAUCUUUUUGCUGGCAAAAGCUGCACGGCCGGCACACAGCAUCCACUGGCGUGUUUGGUUUGGUUUCGAUCGUGCAGCAGACGACGAGAAUGAAGGGAGCAGCGUGCUUGCACCGCCAUGUACUGUGUACCCACGCGAGCGCGUGCGCACUCCAGCGCGGGGCCGGCGACUUUCCACUGCGUGCGUGCGGCUAAAAAUAGGCUCUGACCUCUCGAUAGCACACGUGUAUCGGUGUGUACGUGCGUGUAACCUUCGCGAAGGCGGUGGCACAGCAAAAGGUGGUGUAGUGGGGGGGUCGGAGGUAGGUGGGCCCCGGAGGAGAAGCCUAGGAGGCUGGGGGCUGCGCGCCGCUUGUGUCUUUGCCAAGACUGCUGUAUACAGGCACGACCUGGCGCCCUGCACACUGCCGAGAUGCAGGAGUGAGCGAAAGUGAAGAGGGGACCCCGAGUGUUGACCAGAGGAGAGAGAGACUGACACAGCUUGUGCUUCCCCCAGUUUCACCAGCCUUGUUCAGAUUGGAUCAAUCUGUCGCCUGGCCUGUCACCCUUUGCCACCACUCUCCCUCCCUUCUCUCCGCCGCACCCUUCCUCAUCAUAUUCCUUGCUGCCGUUAAAACGUCGGUAACAUUUUUAAACGAGAAAACCGUAGCUGUAAACAGCGGGUCCCACAACAACACACGGUCAGUGUGUGUGUGACGGGAGAUGGCGAGGCGAUGACCGCUCCGUCUUGACGAGGGAAGAUCUGCAACUCGCCAAGGGACCAACCAGCCACCUCGCAUGUGGACAGUCGCGUGCGUGUCCGGCACAUGUUGUGGUCACCGCCGUCUGCUGCUGCUCCAGUGCUGCACGCGCAACUAACAGUGAACCCGCGGCUUUUGUUUUUGUUUUCAUUUUUUUUUUAACCUCGGCCUGCUGUUUUUCGGGGUGGAGCUACGGGCGCAGAUGACCACACCUUCUGCAGGUCUCACGCCGGUGUACGAGUGACUGUACACCAAGGCCGCGCGUCAGCGGGACACGGAGGAUCAUCGCUCCGCUCGUCAGGAGACGUAACCGAUAUACGCCUGAGUUUGGGUUCACCGCCACAUUCAGCAUUACGUCCCCUGCUUCGCCAUAGGUGCAAGUGUGAGACACUAAAUUUUGCACUAGUUGCAAGCAGUGUGGCAUUUUUCUUCCACUGCAGACCUGUCAUCUGCACGUUUAACAUUAACACAGCCAGUACUUCACCAUUCUCUACGGGGUGAGGUUUGCAAGUUUGUGUUUAUACAGCCUCCGGCGUUUGUUGUGACGGCAAGUGGUGGAGGAAAGGCAGUUCGAUCGCCUCCGGUCAGUGAAGAUUGUGAUCGCAAUUCCACAAGUCGUGUUCACAGCUUUCACAACACGCAGGUCUUGACAGUACAACUCGUCCACCGCCAACACCCUCCUCCUCCCCUUCCCCCCCACAAAAAAAAAAAAAAAUUCAGUACGAGAGCACUGCUGUGUCGCCAGUCCCCGAAGUACAGGUGUCAGUGGCGAGAGGGGUCGUCUCAAAGGACCUACACCAGUCUCGUUCUGCGCUCGUGUCCAAGAACAUUGCUUGUGUCGCUCGUGCGAGCUGUCACCGUAAACCAUGAACAUGAGCAUGAACAGCAUGGGUAUGAACGCUCCGGUGCCAGGGCCCCCCGGGCCGGGUCCAGGGCCUGGCCCUGCUCCGCCACCUCCGGAUCCAUUCUACUCAUCUCCGUUUUCUUCCUUCUACAGGAGACCUACUCCCUACAUGGGCCAGCCGGACUACCGCAUACACGAGCUCAACAAGCGCCUGCAGCAACGCAAUGAGGAGAGCGACAACUUGUGGUGGGAUGCUUUCGCAACAGAGUUUUUUGAGGAUGAUGCCUCCCUCACACUCACUUUCUGUUUGGAGGAUGGGCCAAAACGAUACACCAUUGCCCGCACGCUGAUUCCCCGUUACUUCCGCAGCAUAUUUGAGGGGGGAGUCACUGACUUGUACUAUGUGUUGAAGUAUCCAAAAGAGUCCUUCCACAAUACUACAAUUACCCUAGACUGUGAACAGGCCUUGAUGGUCACACAGCAUGGCAAACCCAUGUUCCCUAAUGUAAUCACAGAAGGAAGGCUUAUACUAGAAUUUACAUUUGAUGACCUGAUGAGGAUCCGCUCCUGGCAUUUUGCCAUCCGCCAGCAUCGGGAACUUAUUCCACGCAGUGUUAUAGCUCUGCAGCAAGACCCAGCAAUGAUAGAACAGUUGUCCAAAAAUAUCACACGGCAAGGCCUGACAAACUACACACUUAACUUUCUAAGGCUGUGUGUCAUAUUGGAGCCCAUGCAAGAGCUGAUGUCUCGGCACAAGGCUUAUGGCCUGAACCCUCGUGAUUGUCUCAAGACCACACUUUUCCAGAAGUGGCAAAGAAUGGUGGCACCUCCAGGCAAAGAAUCCACACGACCACCCAGCAAACGACGGAAGAGGAAGGCUUCUACAAGUAACAACAGUAACACAGGCAAUGCCAACAACCGGGACGUGCCCCCAUCAGGCAAGCAGAAACGCUCUCCUGGUCCUCCGGGCUUCAGCAUCGGAUCCUCAGUGCCAGGGGACGUGAUGGUAGUGGGGGAGCCAACUCUGAUGGGCGGUGAGUUUGGAGACGAAGACGAACGACUGAUCACGCGUCUGGAGAACAAUCAGUAUGAGCCAGGGGGACCCGGGCAUGGAGAAGAUGAGGGUGGAGAACAGAAGUUUUCAACAUCACCUGCCUGGGGCGGGGGUCAGGGGGACAAGAAAACUCCACCAUCUGCGGUCUCCUCUGCACCACCUCCAACCUCUGUUGCCUCAGAACCAGAAAUCAAGACAGAGUAGAUGUCAGCACACAAGCAACUUGAAGGAUGAUAACAGGGAUUGCUUAAUACACAUACAAAAAAAUAAUCGUGGUGGUGGGAGGGUGGGGGUGUUGUGCUGGUGUACUUGUGUGACCCAGCAGAGGGGCACAAGGAGCGUGAUCUGAUAAGUUCUCACAUUCUAAAGGAGCGUGUUCCACGAACUCGAACAUUGUCUGACAUUCUAAAUGUUCAUGACUGCAUGAUGGUGACAGUGAUUACACAGAAAACAGUGUCUGUACGUGUGGCUUGUUCUGGAGUAAAAGAGACAAUUGGCCCCCAGUGUUAGUGGGCUGUUCUGUGGAAACAAAAACAUUUGCGUGUAAAUGUACAUUUGUUUGUUUGGGGGGUUUUUUGGUUGUUGUUUUGUUUUUUUGUUUGGAAUGCCUUGAUCAAGAGGUCGAGUAAAGUGACCACACACAAAAAAAUAAAAAUGACGAUACUGUGUAUCUUUCAUGUGGCAGGGCUUAACACAUUCAAGAGGAGGUUCAGGAACGUUUGACAUCUUCAUUCAUCAGCUAUGUGUAUUUCUCAUACAUUUUUAAGCUUAUUCUAGAGUCACUGUCCAUGUCCUAUCUGUUUUGCAAGAAAUUGGCUCAUGGGUGUUUGCAGUCUUUAAAAUGCAUGUGUGAACAUCUAGAGUUCUUGAUGUUAAAAAAAAUGUCUGUCAAAUAUUUUUCUACCAUGUCAUUUUCUUGCAUGGCAGACUUGAACAUUACUUUUUGGGAAUAAACAUUGUUGUCAAAAUCAGGGUUCCUGGGAUUGGUGAAGUAGGAGUGCUUUUUUUAAUAAGAAAAAAUAAUAAGGGUGCCUUGGUCAAUAUUUAAGGAAUUAAUGGUUUCUUUGUUUUGAGCAACUCUUUCAAAUUAUAAAAGUGUUAGUUGUAUUCUGUCUAGAAUUCUUAGCUUGAAAAGGAAAAGCGGGAGGCAUGGAACAGGUUGGCGUGAGAAUGUUAAUGGCUGGCAGGGCAAGGCUGUUGUGUCCCAUGCUGGUUUUAGUGGAAGACAGGGUGGAUAUGAGGAAAGUUGCUGGUUGAAAUUGGUGUGUUAGUGUGAUGUUGAUCAUUAUUAAAUCAUGCAUCAUAUCACUGCUUGUUAUCAGGACUUAUUUGUAACAACUACCAUUUUGGUUGAUCAUUUUAAUGAGCAAUUACAAAACAAUAAGGCAGCAUAGAUGCAAAUUCACUUAGCGUGAUAAUAAAGGCAAGCUUUUUUUUAAUAGUCAUCGAAAGCAUAGCCCAAGGUGUUCUGAAAAAAAGCUUUUUUUAAAAAAAUGAAAGUUGUGGGAAUCGAGAAGAAUUUCCUUAUUGUAGUGCCAAUAUUUUUUUUUAAACUAGUCGUGGGGGUGCAUGCAGGCAGUGAGCAGACAAAACGACCUUGUGCAAGUGCUAUAAAGCUUUUUGUAUGUAAAAGAAAUGGUGGUGGCAUAUGGAUAUAUCACAUCUGUUACAAAGUCUUGUAAAAAUGACCUUCAGUGAUGCAUAGUAAAUUAUAACAAUAGGGGCAUUAGCUACUGCAUGUUGCUGUCCUCAGAAUGCAAGAACUUAGAGCUCAAGGUAUGUGCAUUUCAAUAUUCCUUGCAGUUUAAUUUUUUUUAAAUGCAGAGAAGUUCUCAGGAUCUUUUGGGUAUCCAAGAUAGCUUCAUCCAAGUGUAAUGGUCCUAGCUAGCUCUAGGCGUAGUCAAGAUGCACUAAUUGGAUUUGCCUGUAACUGAAAGCAGACAUGGUAAGCCAUAAGAAUUUGGUGUAUUUUCAACAAUCUUGAAGUAUGCUUUAGUGAGUCACAAAAUGUGGCUUUGGUAUUUGUAUCUCUUUGGCCAUUGAGUCAUUUAGAUUUAGCCUUGGGACUUUAAUAGGAAAGGAAAUAAUGCAUGAUGUGCAGCUGUCCUGUGCAAUGUCACAACCUUAAAACAUUGUUCAGAAAUUUUUCUGGUUGAGAAUACCUUUGGUCAACCAGGUCUGGUAAAAGUACCAAAAGUUUCAGUUUUCACAUUGUAUCAGUUAAAAGUGAAAGUAUACAUUGUGGAAGUCAUUGCUCACUUAUUUAAAAAAAAAGGGGGCAGAGAGAGCUGUCUAAAUUAUUUAUCACAUCGGCUUAUUGGCAUGCACUAUCAACUGAUGCUGCUUUACCAGCAGGAAAGAUAACACAUCCUUCAAGACUGUGAACAGAAAAGGCAGAGGGGGAAAACCAACACAGGAGAUGGCCAUUAUUUGCAUUUCUGGACAUUUUGUUCCUUCCUACUGAUAAUGGAGAGGUGCUUGUUUUAAUGAUGUGAGUAAUAUUCAUGAAGCAUCUUUAUCCACCCUUUCCCUCACAUACAGUAAAUAUGGUGGUGAGUGUCGUUUAAUUCAACUGAGGCAAACACUGAAUUUUGCAAAACCUAACAAAACAGAUAUAGAACUGUUCUGUAACAUUUUCAUUUCAUUUAUAAUGUAAGAGUAGCAUUGCAUGAAAACAUUUCACUCUCCAUGGCUUAAUUUUUAAAUGUUUCACUUUUGGUUGUUUGACCCCUCAACACCAGAAAACACUAUAUGCCAAUGGGUUCAAUAACUUCACCUCCUCAGUGGCUUCUUAUCUGCUAGUUUUCCCGUCAAGAUAACCAUUUGGUUCUGACUAGACUGCUUAUGUCCAUAAAUAUGAGCCCUGGUACCACAUUAUAUAGCGCUCAGUGCACAGUUUGGCAGAAACCAUUGUUGCUGCAAAAACAUUCCUGGUACCACUAUGAUUGGCAUCAUGCAAUCAGCCUGCCAUCAGUCAAGAUUAGAUUAUGUUAUCGUUAAUAUGAUGAGAAAAAAAAGGCACGUUUCUCGUAGAGAAUCAGGGAUUUAUCCCAUCUGACCCGGAGUUUUGACUCAUUGUAUAUUUGAUGACUUUUUAAAUGAAAAUUUUAGCAUACUUUGUGCUUGAAGCACGUGAAAAUAAGAGGAUGUUUUAUAACUGUUGUUAACUGACAUGUCUUGCUGUUGUGUGCUACAUUGUUAUAAUGUUGUGGAUUCUGUUACUUUAACUACUUUGACAGGUUGGUCUAUUAAAAGUAUUUGAUUUUGGUACAUGAUUUAAGAAAUUUUUAGUCUCCAAAAGAUAUGUUAAUACAAUCGAUGCAGCACCCAUUAGCAUGAUAGUUCUCAAAACUAUAUCGGAAUUGUUAAAUAAAAGUUUCAGUAAAGCCCAUUUUUGGCUGCUCUUUGGUGUUCCACUGGCUGGGCAUGGUUUCUUCCAUGCUCGCUGAGCAGUCAAAUGUCUGUGGUAAGAGACAGGACAAUGCUGCAUAGCUCUUGAUAAAGAGGUGCAUUUUAUAUGCACAAGCUAAUAUUUUUACAGGUAGAGAUUUUGGUGAGACUGUCAUGCAAGAAAAACAUGCUGCCAUCUUUUGUAGAUGUUAAUUUUGGCAUUUUUUAAAUAUAUAUUGUAAUGGUUACAUCAUACUGGCACAAUGCAUACAGCCUAUUAAAAGGUAAAUUUAUUCCCUGCCUUAAAUUUUUUCAGACUGAUGAUGUAAUUACAGCAGAAUGUAUGACCACUUAGUUCUUCCGGUAAACAGAAUAUUUUUAACAGUA